UAACCAAUGUAGUCAGGUUCGCGCACCGGGUCGUAGGAUCGUACGAUCCUACGUGCUCAUGAAGGCUAAACGAGCUAAGAACCCAUGGAGGUUCGUUUUUGGGGCUUUUUGAAGUCAGGUUCGCGCAUUUUGCUGGUGGUGCGUAAAGCAAUGGCAGGUUCGUAAAAAAAAACAAGUUGGGUUUAAAACUGAUUGGGCCUUGCAGUCAAACCGGGUCGGGUCAAGACAUAAAAAUACAAAACACGCUUAUUUUUCUCAGAAACCCUAAGAAAAAUUACGCGAUUCUUCUCUGAAGAAAGAAACAAACGCAGCCAUGCUUCUUCUCACUUCUUCAAUGGCGAUUCAGCCAUGCUUCUUCAUACAUCUCCUUCCUUUCCUUCACUUUAGUUUCAUCUGUUUCAAACCUAACAUCUCCUUCCUUUCCUUCACUUUUGUUUCAUCUCAUCUCUCUGUUUCAAACCAACCCUAACCUAGCCUUGUUUCUUUUCAUCCCAUCUCUCUGUUUUCACUCAUCCCAUCUCUCUCUCUGUUUUCAUCUCAUCCCAUCUCUCUGUUUUCAUUAUCUAAUUUUUUUCUUUGUUCUGUCUGUUUUCAUCUCUGUUACUACUAUUUUGUAUUCAUCUGUUUUCAUCUCUGUUACUACUUACUACUAUUUUGUCCUUCAUCUCUCGUUAAUGGCUUCAACCUCAAAUGUUGGAGCUUCUUCUGCUGCCACUGUUAAUGAAGCUCCACCUUCUGCUUCUGCUGCCCGUGUUAGGGUUCCUCCUAAAAAUUCAGCUGGAAACAAGACUGAUCCAGCAUGGGAAUAUGCUACAUCGAUUGAUAUAAAAACAAGAAAGGUGAAGUGUAAACUUUGUGACUGGCAAUUCACAGGAAGUGCUUUCAGAAUUAAGCAUCAUUUGGCUGGCACUAAUAGUAAUGUUAGGCCUUGUCCAAACUGUCCUCCGGAAAUAAGGAAAAAGUUUUUGGUUAUUACUGAUGGCUUACAAGAGAAGUUGCUAAAAAAGAUACAUGUUGACAUUAACAUUGAAGGCGAUGCUGAUGUUGAGGUUGGUGAUGGUGAUGCUGCUGGUGCAAAGGGAAAAAGAAAGAGUCAAGGGGAGCUAGCAAGAAAGGAUAUGUACAAAAGAGGGCUGACACAAGCUAAACAAAGCACAAUCAACGGUGCCUAUAAGAAAGAAACCAGAGAAGAUGCUUGUAAGGAUAUUGCUCUUUUCUUUUACAAUAAUGCUAUUCCUUUUAAUGUUGCUAGGUCUGAUGAGUACCUUAAGAUGUUUGACAAUGUUACAAAACAUGGUAUAGGGUUUAAACCACCUUCUUAUCAUGAAAUUCGAGUUAAAUAUUUAGACCAUUAUUAUGGAGAGAUUAGUAAGGUAGUUGCUGGAUAUAGGGCAGAUUGGGAGAAAUAUGGUUGCACAAUAAUGACGGAUGGUUGGACAGAUAGGAAGAGAAGAACUAUAUUGAAUUUCUUGGUACAUAGUCCAAAGGGAACUGUAUUUCUAAAGUCCAUCGAUGCAUCCGAUCUAACCAAGACUGCAGACAAAGUUUUCAAGAUGAUUGAUGAUGUUGUUGAAGAGGUUGGAGAGGAAAAUGUUGUCCAAGUUGUUACGGACAAUGCGGCGAAUUACAAAGCAGCCGGGGAAUUGUUAAUGCAAAAAAGAAGUAACUUGUAUUGGACACCAUGUGCCGCGCAUUGCAUCGAUUUGAUGUUAGAAGAUUUUGAGAAGAAGAUCCCUCUCCACAAAGAAACAAUUCCUAAGGGAAAGAAGAUCACCACCUACAUUUAUGGUAGAACAAGUCUUAUUUGUAUGUUGCAUAGGUUCACUAAAAAUGUUGAUUUGAUUCGACCUUCAUUGACCCGUUUUGCGACAUCUUACUUGACAUUGGGUUGUUUGAAUGAUCAUCGAGAUGAGUUGAUAUCUAUGUUCAAAUCAAAUGAGUGGAAGACUAGCAAACUUGCUAAGAGUAAAGAUGGGAUUAUUGUGCAAAAGAUUGUUUUGAACAAAAUGUUUUGGAAGAAUGUUUUGACUUGUCUAAGAGGUGCUUUUCCACUUAUUAAAGUGUUGCGCAUGGUGGACUCGGAAGAGAAGGCAGCCAUGGGGUAUCUUUAUGAAGAAAUGGAUCUUGCAAAAGAGAAUAUCAAAUCAAGCUUUAAUGGAGUUGCUAGAAGCUACACUCCUCUUUGGAAUAUAAUUGAUCAAAGGUGGGAUAAGCAACUCCAUAGGCCACUACAUGCUGCAGGCCUUUAUUUGAACCCCAAGAUACGUUAUGCUCCGGGAUUCGUUGAUGAUGAUGAAGUUACGGAUGGCAUGUAUGAUUGUUUGCUUAGAUUGGUGGAUGAUCCGGAAAAAAGAGCCAAAGUUGAUUACCAACUUGAGGAUUUCAAAGCGAGGAAAUCAAACUUUGCUAAUGAAUUUGCUACAUUUGCACUUGGAAAUAAAACACUAACACAAUGGUGGGAAUCUUAUGGAAAUAAACAUAAAGAAUUGCAAUGGUUCGCUUUGCGAGUAUUUAGUUUGACAUGUAGCUCAUCGGGGUGUGAACGGAAUUGGAGUGCUUUUGAAAGGGUUCACACUAAGAAGAGGAAUCGCUUGAAGCAAAUCACAAUGAAUAAGGUAGUUUUUGUGAUGGUUAACUCAAAAUUGGGAAAGACUAAGAUUAAGAGAAAAAGUGCUAACUAUGAGAUUGAAGAAAUUAAUUCCGAAGAUGAAGGGGAAGAAUGGAUUGAGAAUGUGGAGGAUGAGGAAGAUGAAGGAGAUGACACUUCACUUGAUGUUGGACAAGAUGCUAGUAUCGGUGAUGUUCUUGGUGAUGAUUUGGAACUUCCUCCCAUUGAUGAAGAAGAUGAUGAUGAUGUCGUUGAAGAGAAUGAGGAUGAAGAUGGUGAUCUUGAUGACUAUCAAGAUGUUGGAUUGGAAGAUAUUUUAAAUGUCUAGAUUAUGUCUUUUGUGAAUGAUACUAUAAUAGGUCCUUUUUUUUGAAUUAUGCAUAGGCCUUAAGUUGUGAUUUUUUGAAUGAUGCAUAGGCCUUUAGUUGUGGUUGUGAAUGAUAGGUCUUUUUUUGUGAAUGAUGCAUAGGCCUUUAGUUGUGAAUGAUAGGUCUUCCUUUUGUGAAUGAUGCAUAGGCCUUUAAUUGUGAAUGAUGCAUAGGCCGUUAGUUACUUAUUUUAUUAACUUAGUACUUGGUUGGUUAUGAAGUUAUGAACAAUUGGAAUGAUAUAUAUGAAAUAUUAAUUAAGUUUAUUGUGUUCAUGUAUUAUUAUUAUUAUUAUUUUGUGGUUAUGUGUAUAUGUAUAUAUGUGAAGUUACCAUUUUACCCUUAAGUAGGUUCUUACGAAUCGAGCUACGAUCCCGACCUUACGACCCUCCACCAGCCUCCCGAUCCUACGUAGGAUCCCGAACCUGACUAC